AUGUCCUCAGAAACAAGCCUCUUCCCUGGAGCCCUUAUUUCCCCAAAGAUCCAAGAAGUGCUUCCUAAAGGCUACAUCUGCCGAGCACUCCAGCGAUCUGAUUUCAGACACGGUCAGCUAGAUGUUCUAGGGGGUCUUACACAUGUUGGUGAGAUUACAGAGGAUCAAUGGACUGAGAGGUAUGAUGCAAUGAACAAAUGCAACAAUACAUACUUUGUACUGGUGAUUGUAGAUACAAAUAGGGAUGCUGAAAAGAUGAUUGUUGGGACUGGUACACUGAUUGUAGAGCAGAAAUUCUUAUAUAAUCUAGGAAUGCAAGGGCACAUUGAAGAUGUUGCAGUUGCGGCGGAUCAGCAGGGAAAGAAGUUGGGGGUGUUGCUCAUUGAAGCGCUAGGUCAUAUUGCAGAACACGUGGGGUGCUACAAGGCAUGCAUUUCUCUUCUCACCAUUCUUGACUGCCAUCCGGAGAGGGAGGGUUUCUACUUGAAGUGUGGAUACGAGAAAAGAGGCUUAGAAAUGCACCGCUAUCAUGAUCCUGUGGCUCAAAAGUACAGUGUUUAG